AUGGACGACACACUACCUCUAUCCAAUACCCGUACACCCCGCAGAUCCCGACUGCGCGACUAUCUCAUGGAAGAUAUCCGCGAGGAUCUCCUUCUCGAAUGCGAACUCCUCCUCCUCUCCUUCGCAACCGGCAUCCAAGAUGCAGCCGCCUGGCCCGACUACAGCUGCUUCGCCUCCAACCAAACCGGAAACACCCUCUUCCUUGCAAUAGGCGUAGCAGGCCUCACCAACAAUGCAUACAGUUUCCCCAACAUCGGGAUCUCGCUGAGUCUCUUCGUGGCCGGGGGGUUCGUCAUGGGCCAGCUAGGGAAUUACAUCGGCGUCCGACGACGACUCUGGCUGCUCAUCAGCAACUUUAUCCAGACUGCUCUUGUCUUUGUGGCUGUGGCUGUUCAGUAUUCUUUCCCUAUUCGGCGGGACGGGCCUGCUGCGAUGGCUGUGAUUGCCUGCUUGGCGUUUUCGUCUGGCGCGCAGGUUGCUAUGAGUCGGUCAUUGAAGAUUACGGAGAUCACGACUGCUAUGGCGACGGCGGCGUUUAUUGAUGUUGUUGUUGAUCCUUGUUUGGGCAAGUUGAAGAAUCGGUUGAGGAAUCGGAGGGUUAUGUUUUUGAUUAUGUUGACUGCGGGCUGUUUUGUUGGUGCUUUUGCGCAGCGGGAGGUGAGUUCGACUUUUCCUAUUCUGCUUUGUGCUAUUGGGAAAGCGCUGGUUAGUUUGGCCUUUUUGUUUAAUCGGCCCUUGGCUGGGAGAGAGUUGGAGAGACUGAAGGAGUAG